GGGGCAGUGUGCUGUGUCUGCAGUGGAGGUCGCUGCUCUCACUGUUUUCAUCGCAGCAGCACUUUUAGAGGAAGAAAGCGCACAGACGGCUCACACACGCCGAGACCAACCCAAACCUCCAAAUACCACUUGAAUUUAUAUUUUAGAGCGAAAAUGACGACUGCACCAUAUAACUAUUCCUAUAUUUUCAAAUAUAUCAUUAUUGGUGACAUGGGGGUUGGAAAGUCAUGUUUACUCCACCAGUUCACAGAAAAGAAAUUUAUGGCUGACUGUCCUCAUACAAUUGGGGUAGAGUUUGGCACACGGAUAAUUGAAGUGAGUGGGCAGAAGGUGAAGCUUCAGAUUUGGGACACUGCAGGGCAGGAGAGAUUCCGCGCCGUCACGCGCAGCUACUACAGAGGAGCCGCCGGGGCCCUCAUGGUGUAUGACAUCACCAGGCGAAGCACGUACAACCACCUCAGCAGCUGGUUGACUGAUGCUAGGAAUCUCACCAACCCCAAUACUGUGAUCAUUCUGAUUGGUAACAAAGCAGAUCUAGAAGCCCAGCGUGAUGUCACAUAUGAAGAGGCCAAGCAGUUUGCUGAAGAAAAUGGUUUGUUAUUCCUGGAGGCAAGCGCAAAAACAGGCGAGAAUGUGGAGGAUGCAUUUCUUGAAGCUGCGAAGAAGAUCUACCAGAACAUCCAGGACGGCAGCCUGGACCUGAAUGCGGCCGAGUCAGGGGUCCAGCAUAAGCCCACCGCUCCGCAGGGUGGACGGCUCAACAGCGACACACAGCCCCAGAAGGAGGGCUGCAGCUGUUAAUGACCAUGAAGACUUCACUCUCUCUCUUUCUCUAUUCCUUCCUGUCCCACAUCCCACCUCUGCCUCCCUCUGCAUCUAAAGCCUCUCCCCUUCCGGUGUGAUUGCUCAUGGAGUCUGGGGCCAAAUGGCCCUGCGUGAUGAUGAUGGAGGUGUAACAUCAUUCAUUCCCUCCUUCCGUCUCUCUUCUUCCCCUCCUCCCCUUCUCCUGUGUCUUCCCUCACUUGCUUUGCUUGUUUCUCAUACGCACACAUCCCAGUGCUCCCAGCAAGCACUCGAGGGAAGACGGCCCCUCCGCCGAACACUAAUCCUGAAGAGAGAAGAUGAUUGUCGAUAAACUGAAGAAAUGCUGGGUUUAUCCUUUACAGACGUGAUGUGCAUAACUAUAAACUAAACAUCUCAUGUACAGGAGCUGUCUGAGUACUAGAGUAAUGUAAAUGAAAUGGAAAUAUUGGCAAACAUUACGUGUGUUGACAUGAUGUCGAGUGAUCGGGUGGAGAUGCGUCGACAUUGUAUUUAACAUUUUGUUAAAAAAAAAUUUAAACCUGAAAUAUUGUAUUCUGUUUUAAAUUAGAGGUUUUGCAGUUUCACAUCCAGUCACCAAAUAUUUAUCCCUGUUUGUACCAAUUUAGGAAAUAAUAUACAUGUACUAUACAAGAUUAGUAUUGUUUUGAGAAGAAUCUCAAUGGAAGAAAAAAAACAAACAGUCGAUUCAGACAGUUAAUUUAACUUCAUAACUGUUAUAGUAAUAUAUAUUGAAGAGGACGAGACUCAUUUAAGGUCCUAAAGAAUGUUUUCCGCACUUUGCAGUUUCGAUUUGGUUUUCAGAGGGCCCGGAGCUUGUUUUGUGUUACUGAGGUCUACAGACCGUCAUGCUAUGAGGUUUCAGAUCCCCUUCGAUCUGUUCUUGAGCAUCUGUAAAUAUUUCAACCUCACAGCAGCUUAAGAAAAACAGAUCGACAGGAGCAUCAUGUACCAAACGUUCAGGCCCUGCAAACCCUCAUCAUAUCAAGAUACUCCAAUUGUUUUUACAAAAAUUUCAUUUGCCUUAUGAUAUCCUCGUAUAGCUUUUAUCGAAAGAAUUCCAGCGAUUCACUUGUAAUAGAGAUUUUGCCUUUUCAAAAGCAUUCCAUUAAAUUCAUUUCCAAACACGGAUCAUGUUUUUGAGCUGAGCUGAGUUUCUUAAAGGUUUCUUAAGCAUGAUGCAUGAGACAACUGCUUUUUACAGACAUCACGGUUUCCCCCAAUUCUAACGCAGUAAAUAAUAUCUUGAAGCUGUAACACAUAGGCCACCGCAGCAUGAGAAACACCACUGAGGGGAAACUCGGCCCAGAUCUGAUUUGUACAACCAGCAGUUGUUUCUUUUUCCAUUGAUGCACACUUGCAACAAACAGCUAAAAAGGCAAAAACGAGCACUCCAAAUAUGAUUUUCUAUUAAAUUUGUGUAUUAUUGUAGAUUUUAGAUGUGGUGUUUUGUAAACUGAAAAUCCAUUUUUAAUUUGCUCCUACUGUCUUGCUUUUUCUUAAUGACAUCUGCAAAAAUUAAUCUUCUGCUCAAUUUUGUCUUCUGUAAGUGACUUUUGUUUGUAAUUAUGUUAAUAAAAACAAUACUGUAGACUG